AUGACCAAGUACAUCGUAGUAUCCGGUGGUGUCGUGAGCGGCAUUGGCAAGGGCGUCAUUGCGUCGUCGACGGGGCUGUUGUUGAAGACGACGGGUCUCAAAGUGACCGCUAUCAAGAUUGACCCUUACAUGAAUAUCGAUGCGGGGACUAUGAGGCCGACAGAACACGGCGAGGUCUACGUGCUGAACGACGGCGGAGAGGUCGACCUUGACUUGGGCAACUAUGAACGAUACCUGAACGUCACCCUUUCCCGAGACAACAACAUUACGACUGGAAAGAUCUACCGCGAGGUCAUUGAGAAGGAGCGAAAAGGAGAAUACCUCGGCAAGACCGUUCAGAUCGUGCCCCAUGUUACCAACGCCAUUCAGGACUGGAUUGAGCGCGUUUCCAAAAUCCCAGUCGACGAGACUGGUGAGACUCCUGACGUUUGCAUUGUCGAGCUCGGUGGUACCGUUGGAGACAUCGAGUCCGCUCCUUUCGUAGAAGCAAUGCGACAAUUCCAAUUUCGUGUUGGCCGCGACAACUUUGCUCUCAUCCACGUCUCCCUCGUCCCAGACAUGCACGGCGAACAGAAAACCAAGCCCACACAAACGACGGUGCACGCCCUCCGAGGACUGGGUCUCCUCCCCGACUUGAUUGCCUGCCGUCUCCUCGUUCCCCAACCCCUCAACCCCGCAACAAAAGACAAGAUCUCGAUGUUCUGUCAUGUCUCUUCAGAGCAGGUCUUUGGCGUACAUGACGUGACCUCGGUCUACCAUGUCCCAUUGCUCUUGCAGUCGCAGGGCAUCGUGGAAUACUUGCGAAAACGACUCAGCCUCGACCAGAUGCAAAUCACGAAGGAGAUGCAGGCUAUGGGCACGUCUCUUGGACAGCGAUGGAGGGAUUUGACCUCUGGCCAAGAAAGGCUCUAUGAAACCGUCACGAUCUCCCUGGUGGGGAAGUACACCGACCUCAAGGACUCGUACAUGUCCGUCACAAAAGCCCUCGAGCACAGCGCCUUCCGUAUCCAUCGAAAACUCUGGGUGGAAUCCUCCGACUUGGAACCUGACACCCAGGAAGCGAACCCUGCCAAGUACCAUGACGCCUGGAGGGCAGUUGUAGGGUCGAGUGGUAUCCUCGUUCCUGGGGGCUUCGGUCAACGAGGCACAGAAGGAAUGAUGCUUGCCAUCAAGUAUGCUCGAGAACAAAAGAUCCCUUUCCUCGGUAUCUGCCUCGGAUUCCAACUCGCCGUUGUUGAAUGGGCCCGCAACGUCCUUGGCAUCUCAGACGCCACUUCCGGUGAAUUCGACCCUCAAGCGAAGCACCCCGUCAUCGUGUUCAUGCCCGAGAUCUCCAAGACCCACAUGGGUGGCACGAUGCGGCUGGGCUUGCGGCCUACCGUUUUCGAGCCCAAAACGGAAGAGUGGUCCAAAGCGAGGAAGCUUUACGGUGGUGCUGAGAAGAUCUGGGAGAGGCAUAGGCAUCGUUACGAAGUCAACCCCCUCUACGUUGAGAGGCUUGCCGCGAGUGGAUGCGUGUUUGCGGGUAAGGAUGAGAAGGGAGAGCGGAUGCAGGUUUUGGAGUUGCCUGACCACCCAUACUUCCUGGGCUUCCAAGCACAUCCCGAGUUCUGCACCCGCCCUCUCAACCCCAGCCCGGCCUUCCUGGGAUUCGUCGCCGCCGCCGCCUCGCCCACUGAACUCGACAAGCAGCUCCAAGCGCAGCUGGCGUCGUUCAAGCCGCCGCAUCCUGUUGAUGCGAUGGUGAGCGAGGCGGAGCUGAAGGGGGCGAGUGAGGCUGUGGUGGAGAAGUGUGCUGUGAACGGUGCCGAGUGUCCGCAGGAUGGGGCGAUGCCGAAUGGGUAUGAUGGAGGGGCGGAGAAGAGUGAGGUGGUGGAGUUUAUUAACAGGGAUGCGUAG